AUGCUCGAACUUUGGCUGCUAGGCACAAUGUUCGCCGGCCUGAACGGCCUUGGCCUUUGGCAAUCAGUGCCUCUGACUACAAUUUCACCUACAACUUCAUACCUCAUGCGCGGUAUUAGUUCCCUGGAGGUCGUAGGGUCAAUUUACGGAUUACGCCGACUGCACCCUUAUGUCUUCACCAAGAACGACACCAUUUCCCACCAAGACCAGCAAUUACAACAACUAAUUGAAUUCGAAAACUCAAAACAUGGCAUGUAUAGUCUGCACAAAGAUGCCGAACAAAAGUCUUUCCAUCUCAACACUCGACCUGUGGCGUCUCCGACCUCCUGUCCACUUAUCACAACCGCCUCAAAUCAAAUGACAGACUACCUACUACAGGCACUUUUGAGAAAGGCUGACAAGACCCAGAUGUCUGAUUUCUUGUUGGAGAAACUUCUAGAGAAGAACGAGAAGGACACUAUGCUUGCCAGACGAGCAAGUGAACGAAACGUUUCCCUCGCCACCAUUGCAUUUGUCUUUCUCGCCGCGGGCAUUUUCUUCUUGCUACUGAAUAUCGUUCAGCUUAAGCACUCAAUCACGGACACGAGGGCGGUUUUGGGAGAAGGGCUUUACCAAUCAAUCAACAGUGACUUCCAGAAGCUUCAAAAGCUACUAGAAAGUGUCAUCCUUGCGGUUUGCGAGCAACUUCAAAUGGAUAUAGCAACAUUCAGGGAAGAGUUUGCACAUGUGAGAGAUACUUUUGGCGCGUUUGCGUUCAAAUGCGAAGAACAAUUCAGUUCUUUUACCAAAAUCAUUGAGACCAAUCAGAGAGAAAAUCAGCAGGUCAUUGACCAGAAACUUGAGGAGAUCGGUGGUGAUGUGGAAGACCUUAUGAAAGUUGUUCCCCAGAUCUUGCGGGAGAUGAAAUGUAUGAAUGAUGCGGUGCAAAAUGCCACCGGAGGAUCGAAUGGACACGUAGUCUCGGACGAGACUGCGGAAUCAAAUGGACAGUGA